GCGCGCACGCCAGCUCUGCGGAAUGUUCUGGUUGUCAGAUGAAGAGUGCCUGAAAAAUAUUAUCUAAAAGCCCAAUUUGGGAAAAAAAAUAUUACAGUGAUAAACGGUGGUGUGCUAAAGAAGAUUGGGUACGAUGCCGCCCCUUACCCCACAAGUGUUCUGGGCCCAACGGCAUAAAGAUAUAUAUCUGCGAGUGGAGCUGAGCGACGCGCAGAAUCUUGACAUCAAUGUAAAUGACAACGUUCUUCAUUUCAAAGGCCAAGGUCAUGGAGCCAAAGGAGACAAUGAUUACGAGUUCAGCCUGCAGUUCCUGAAGCCAGUGAAGCCUGUGGUGGUGCACAAGUCCACACAGCGGCAGGUGAACAUCACGGUCAAGAAACAGGAGCACAGCUGGUGGGACAGGCUGACGCUGCAGGAGAGGAAGCCGCUGUUCCUCGCCCCCGACUUCGACCGCUGGCUGGACGAGUCCGACGCCGAGAUGGAGCUCCGAGCCAAGGAAGAAAAAAUCAACAAGAUCAGCAUAGAGUCUAGAGUUCCAAAGGACCCGUUCAGCAAUCUAAAGAGAGGCUAUCUGUUCAUGUACAACCUGGUGCAGUUCCUGGGCUUCUCCUGGAUCUUCGUCAACAUGACUGUGCGCCUCUUCAUUCUGGGACAAGAUUCCUUCUAUGACACAUUCCAUACCAUCGCAGACAUGAUGUACUUCUGCCAGAUCCUGGCUGUUGCAGAGGUGAUCAAUCCUGCCCUGGGGCUGGUCAGGACUGGGGUUUUCCCAGCCAUGAUUCAGGUUGUUGGGAGGAACGUCAUCCUGUUCGUCAUCUUCGGGAGCCUUGAGGAGAUGCAGAACAAGGCGGUGGUGUUCUUCGUGUUCUACAUGUGGAGCAUCAUCGAGAUCUUCAGGUACCCUUACUACAUGCUUGCUUGCAUCGACACAGAGUGGAAGCUACUUACCUGGCUCAGGUACACCAUCUGGAUGCCUCUUUAUCCCCUUGGAGUGCUGGCAGAAGCGGUUGCUGUGAUCCAGUCUCUGCACAUCUUUGAUGAGACCAGGCUUUACAGCAUCACUGUGCCCAAACCCCUGGACCUGUCCAUCAGCUUCUCCUACACCCUGCAGCUCUACCUGGUGCUCAUGUUCCUGGGCUUGUUCAUUAAUUUCCGUCACCUCUACAAACAGAGGAGGAGAAGAUUCAGGACCAAGAAGAAGAAGGCGAACUAAACCUGUGCCGCCUUUGGGUCAGUGGGACCGAGCCAGCAUGAGCAGGCUGCUUCUGCCACAGCUGCUACAGCAACAUCACCUUUAGAGCAGCAACCGCCCAAGCUGGCCUAGUGUCUCCAUUUUAGAUCAGCUCCAUUCCUCCCCGAUUCAGUGGACUCAAUAACAUAAGUGCAUUUUUUUCCUUUUUACAGAACAUUUUUGCAUGAUAAAAAUAUUCAAAACAGAAUAGAAGCAAUGCAAAACAACCCACAUAAAAAUACCAUAGGUUUUUUUUUUUAGAUGCACAGAAAGCAGAUGCUCUGUCUGUAUCACUGACAAGAUUCUUUUAAAAGACAGACAGCCUGACGGCCCCUCUCCUCCCCUCAUUCCUGCCCUUUCCUCCACUGGCCUGCUCUCGGUACCUGGUGUGAACUGGAAACCCCAACCAAGCCUUUGCAACUCUACUACGCACAGGCCACAAGUCCAACAUAGUGUUCCCAUAGUGGCCUAGGGUGAAGCUAUAGCCUUGCCUGGCAGAGAACAGCUGCCUCGCUGUGGGAUGUAACCCUGAACUAUCAGUCCACCCCAUCUUAGCAAACAGGCACAGAUAAAGCACUGUGGACAAACUAGUACAAUGACUGCUGCGCUCAGCUGGUGUCAACAUCUAACAAGGGCAGCUGAAGUGCAUGCAGACUGAUAGUGUAGUUGUUUAGAGAAAACGCAAGUAUCAGAAGACUAAGCCAGUAUUAGAAGCAUGGGUGCCGGUCUUAGCACUUUGGGAAAUGCACAUUUUCUGCAAACCGAGUGUGUAAAAGUCACAUACCUUCUUUUGCACAUUCAUGGCCAGUGUCUUCACACUACAGUGUUUUAGUGUGUAUGGUACAAUAGCUAGCAGCAAUACAGGAAAAGUUAAAGAAUUGCAAUAUUGAACCAAAUAGCAACAACUCUUUUACAGAAAAAGACAUUUUGUUAGCACUAUCUUAGGAGUCACACGUAAGCCUUGUAUUAAGCACUUACAACUGUUGUACUUUACUG